AUGAAUCCAAUCUCCCCCACCACAAGAGAUGUCAUCAUUACAAGACGAAAAUCAAUUAUUAUUCUCGGUGUUAAGAAAGACGAGACACCUUUUGACUCUCAAUCAAAGACAAAUGUUGUUGUUCAAGAGGUCGUUCCAGUUGUUGAUCAUCAUCACCACGAUCACUCAAAAUCAAGUAUAUUUUUCUUAGAAGAAGGAUUGAUGCCGGGCGCAAAAUUGGAUGCACACUUCCCUAAAAGAAAAUAUUCAAGUCCGUUGUUGCCCCGCGAAAUUGCAGAACACUUACCAUUCUCAUCAGAAAAGAUAAACGAAAUAUUUGAGAUUUUGGCUCUGGAGCCAAAUUCAGAGAAAGCUGAGAAUGUGGAGUUUGCUCUGAAUAUGUGUGAAGAGCCUGCACUGAAUGGUGAAGAAAAAUACUGUGCAACUUCAAUAGAAUUCAUGGUAGACUUCGUCACUUCUAUACUUGGGAAGAUUGUCCACGUUACUUCUACAGAAAAUGAAAACAAGUCUGAAAAGUUCUUAGUGAAAGAUGGAGUGAAGAUUUUAGCAGACAAAAACAUAAUUACAUGUCAUCCUAUGAAUUACCCAUAUGUUGUAUUUUACUGCCAUAAGAUAUCAAAUAGCAGUGUACAUUUUAUGCCAUUGGAGGGAGAAGAUGGAACUAGGGUUAAAGCUGUAGCAGUAUGCCACAAAGACACAUCAGAAUGCGAUCCAAACCACAAUGCAUUUCAAGUUCUAAAAGUGAAGCCUGGGACCAUUCCUGUGUGUCAUUUCUUCCCUGACUGUAAUCUUCUUUAA